GCCACUUGUUACCCUCCCCACCGCCCUGCCGGGACUCAGCCACGGUGGAAGCCCCUUGGGUGUUGCUAAGCUCCAUGCUGAGGUUUUCCCUGCUGCUCUGGUGAAGCGGUGGCUUUGGAGGAGGGACCGCGGCCCCAGCAGCGGGGAGGAGGAGCCGGCGCCGGCCCGGCGCUGCCGCUGCGGGCGGGGAGCGGGUUCUGCCUCCCCGGCUCCGUGCGGAGGAACAGGAGGGCAGAGAAGCUGCCCGGGGAGCGGAGCCUCCUCUCCCAUCCCUGCCGUUCCCCAGCAUCUACAGGACAAGAAGUGGAGCAGGUAGACUAAGUAAAUGCAAUGACAAUUACCCACAAACAACUUGGACCUUAUUUCCUACUAUGAGAAGUAUCUCCGUGGGAUACAAGCAGUAAAAACCAACCGCAUUUUAUCAGCCCCGUCUGAACACAGAAGGUUUGCAACAAUGGUAAACGAAGAUAUUAUGAAUGACAACAAAGAUCCUGAGCAAACAGUAUGUGACAGAAAUGGCAUGAUUGCCAUGCACGAGCAAAGCAAGGAGGGACCAACAGCAGAUGCCAAAGGCACUGAUGGGAAUAUACAAACAGAAGAAACCGCUCUCUUGAAUCACUGCGCUCAGCAACUUCCAGAACCAAAAGCAGGGUCUUCGAUACCUGAAAGAACAUGGAGGCAAAUAUUUACUUGCCCUCCUCAGGGUUUACUGGCCCGAACAGUGACAAAUGUUGCAAUUGUGGUCCUGGUUUGGGCUGUGGUUUGGUCAAUCACUGGGGCUGAGUGUCUCCCAGGUGGAAACCUGUUUGGAAUUCUGUUUCUUUAUUUUUUUGCUGUCAUUGGAGGUAAAAUUUUUGGAUUCAUUAAGAUACGAACGCUACCCCCUCUGCCUGCUCUUCUGGGGAUGCUACUUGCUGGUUUCUUAAUCCGAAAUAUCCCCUUCAUUAGUGACAUCGUCCAGAUAAACCUACGCUGGUCUGCAGCACUGAGGAAUAUUGCUCUUUCAAUUAUCUUGACCCGAGCAGGACUUGGUCUGGAUCCAAAGGCUCUUAAGAAACUCAAAGCAGUCUGUUUACGGCUUUCUUUUGGACCAUGCCUCUCAGAAACAUGCACAGCUGCUGUUCUUGCCUACUUUUUCAUGCGUCUGCCAUGGCAAUGGGGAUUUAUCUUAGGUUUUGUUCUAGGUGCAGUCUCCCCUGCUGUGGUGGUUCCCUCAAUGCUGAUUUUACAAGCUGGGGGAUAUGGGGUGGAGAAAGGUGUCCCAACUUUGCUAAUGGCAGCUGGCAGCAUUGAUGACAUUCUGGCUAUCACAGGCUUCAACACUUGCCUUGGGAUGGCUUUCUCUUCUGGUUCUACUCUGUACAACGUGCUCCGUGGAGCGGUGGAGGUUGCUGUUGGCAUAGCGGCUGGGGGGAUUCUGGGAAUGUUUGUUCGAUAUUUCCCAAGUCAUGAUCAGGCAUCUCUGGCAUGGAAGAGGUCAUAUUUUGUACUUGGGCUGUCCAUGUUUGCUGUUUUUGGGAGCAUCUACUUUGGCUUCCCUGGAUCAGGAGGGCUCUGCACAUUAGUCUUAGCUUUUGUUGCAGGCGUGGGAUGGUCUGAUGAAAAGAGGGAAGUAGAAAAAAUUGUCGCAGUUGCAUGGAAUAUCUUUCAACCUUUUCUUUUUGGUUUAAUUGGAGCAGAAGUAUCUGUUAUGUCUCUUAGGCCUGAAACUGUUGGGUUCUGUGUUGCUACAUUAGGCAUUGCCCUGGUUGUGCGAAUCAUAGCAACGUUCCUGAUGGUGUGUUUUGCUGGGUUUAAUUUCAAGGAGAAAGUAUUUGUCUCGCUGGCAUGGAUUCCCAAAGCCACUGUCCAGGCUGCAAUAGGUUCCCUUGCCCUGGACACAGCAAGAAGUCAUCAGGAUGAGGAACUGGAAAAGUAUGGAAUGGAUGUACUGACAGUAGCCUUCUUGGCUAUCUUGAUCACUGCUCCAAUCGGAGCCCUGGUUAUUGGCUUGGCAGGGCCCAGACUUUUGCAGAAGGCUCAGACAAAUAGCAAGGACGAUGAUGAAGCUGCUGAGGUUGGAGAAGAGGCAGAGGCCUGUGAACCUUCCUAAGAUGGACAUCUACAGGAAUAUGGUCCUUCAGCCCUCACACUUCUGUUGAGUAAACACAUUUGUAAUCUUUCUGGAGGAAGGCAAAACAAGUAUCAGUUAUGUCUGCUAUUUUAAAAGCAGCCCUGGUGGAGUUUUAUAAAAUAGCUGAAACAUAGCUGAACAUACAGGGAACAGGCUGGCCGGCCAGUGAGUCACUGAAAAGUUAGCAGUCAACAGUUACUUGUAAUGUGCGGGUGUGUGGCCAGGGAGAGGAUCGGAAAUGUUCAGGCAUGGAGUGGAAUAUAAACAGAAGAAAAUGGAGACUAAUGUGAAUAACUUCUUGACAGUUGAAACUUGGCCGUGAGAUGAUAAGUUCAACAGCUCAAAUAAUGCAACUUCUGAAUACAAGAUAGCUGACACACGCUGAACGAGUCCUGCCAUGGGUUGGUGAUUCCUUCUCCUUCCUCACCCAGGUUCCAAAACUUGCCUUUUUUACUACUGCUGUUCUUCACAGUUCGUGCACUUCUUUGUGCCUUCAAGGUGCUGUCAGCUCUGGUCAUAGAGCAACUGGUAUCUCCUGGUAUUUUGUCCUAAGUUAGUACUUCUUUGGUUGAGAAAAUGCCAUGAUCAGGUCCUUCUCACAUCUGCACUUGGAUAACUGCAGCAAAGAAAACCAGGUAUUUGCUAAAAAUAUAGCCAGUUAGUGCCCAUUUUUCCAAGAGGUGGUUGGCUGCAUUGACUGUGGAGAACGGAAGCCCCUCAGAUUUGCCAGGGCAUUUUUUACCUUUGACUGAUGCAGAAAACUAAUAGACUUUAGAUGAACAGCCUUGAAAAUGCAGUGCUGAGGGGGAUGGUACAAAGCGAAAGGAGCCUUCUCACUUACCUUCAGCAAGGCUGCUGCGUGAAGGCAGCUGUUGUGAGGAAGCAGCAUUCAGGACACAGCACUGGCACUCUGAGCACAUACCCACGGAUCUUGGGGUUCUUUCCAGAAACACGAGUUGUGUGCAGCUGUGGAUCGUGGUAAUGAAUGGCAACAAUCGUGCUGAAUAUCUUGCUGAAACAUUUCACUAGAGGGACCAAAAAGUUCAAAUGUGGCUUUCUUCAUUUUAUUUACUAUAGAUGCCUCCUGCACAGUCAGUAGCAAUAUAGUUCACAUUUGGCUUUUUGCAUUCCCAGUCGAGUUUCCUUUCUCUUCUCUUUGACUGUCCUAAAGUCAGGAGUAAACCUCCUCUGUUGACCAAAAUCCUGCUCUUGCCUUUAGCUUUGGUAUCAGUUAGGAUUUAGUAUCAACAGAUACCAGCGAAUCUUUCUUACUCUGCUACGUUUUGUACAAGUAACUAGCUCCAAGUAGAUAAUUCCCGGCUCCAUUCUGAGGCAUGGAGCUAGUGCAGCAUCCCUCAGAAACUGGAAGGUGUGGUGGUGUUGGUUUUUGUUUGGUUGGUUGGUUUCUGUUGGUUUUGUUUUAGUGAGAAUGUUAGCUUGUGCCUGUAAUCAAGGUAAGCAACGCCUCCCUGCAGAUUUCUACACUACAGUUCACUGAACUCAUUUUACAGAACACUGUGGAGAAUAUAUUUGAUGUGUCUUGAUAUUUUUGGCAUAAGAAUUAAUCAAUUCUGGUUUUGCUUUUACACUUUUAAAAUGCAAUGUAAAAAUGUACAAAAAUAUUUUUAGAAGAAAGCUAUCUGAAACUGUAAUAUUUGCAGAUUGUCCAUGUCUGCUUCUGUAUACAGAUUAAUUACAGGUGAGUAUGUGCGCCUU